GUUUUAUAAAUAACUAAAGUUAUUUGAAACCAAACAUUCAGUGAAAGAAGAUCGCUCAUAGUUAACAUGGCUAAAAGCCUUAUUACAUUUAUACCUCUACUACUGUUGGGCAUUGCCCUAACAGUGGCCCCAACAAAAGCCUCUGAUCAACCUGCACGUAUUGUUUGCUACUUUAGUAACUGGGCAGUUUAUCGUCCGGGACUGGGACGUUAUGGCAUCGAAGAUAUACCUACUGAUUUGUGUACACAUCUUGUCUACUCAUUUAUUGGCGUCGAUGACAAGUCAUGGGAAGUACUUGUUAUUGAUCCUGCAUUAGAUAUAGAAGAUAAUGGUUUCCGUAAUUUUACACAAUUACGUCAAACUCAUCCUAAUCUAAAGUUACAAAUCGCUGUUGGCGGUUGGGCUGAAGGUGGUUCUAAAUAUUCACAAAUGGUGGCGGUACGAGAACGUCGUCUUAGUUUCAUACGCAGUAUAGUGAACUUUAUGAAGAAAUAUGAUUUUGAUGGUUUCGACUUGGAUUGGGAGUAUCCCGGAGCUACAGAUCGUGGUGGUACUUAUGGUGAUAAGGAUAAGUUCUUGUACUAUGUACAAGAAUUGCGACGUGCUUUCGAGCGAGAGGGUAAGGGUUGGGAGAUCACCAUGGCUGUUCCAGUGGCAAAAUUCCGUUUGCAAGAAGGUUAUCAUGUGCCAGAGUUAUGCGAACUUUUAGAUGCCAUACAUGCUAUGACUUAUGAUUUACGUGGUAAUUGGGCUGGUUUUGCCGAUACACACAGUCCUCUGUACAAACGUAAACAUGAUCAAUAUGCUUAUGAGAAACUGAAUGUUAACGAUGGUUUGGCCUUGUGGGAAGAAAUGGGCUGUCCGGCCAAUAAACUAGUUGUGGGUGUGCCACUCUAUGGUAGAACUUAUACUUUAAGCAGUUCCAACAAAAACUACAACAUGGGAACCUAUAUUAACAAAGAGGCUGGAGGUGGUGCUCCGGGACCCUACACAAACGCCAGUGGUUUUUUGGCUUACUACGAAAUCUGUACUGAGGUUAAGGAUAAGUCUAAUGGUUGGACUGUUGAGUGGGAUGAAGAGGGCAAGGUACCAUACACUUAUCGCGAUACCCAAUGGGUGGGUUAUGAGAAUGAACAAUCGGUACAAAUCAAAAUGGACUAUAUUAAGCAGAAAGGUUAUGCUGGUGCUAUGGUCUGGGCCAUUGAUAUGGAUGAUUUUCAUGGUUUGUGUGGCCGCGAAAAUGCACUUAUGCACAUUAUCCACGAUAGUAUGAGAAAUUAUAAUGUGCCUGAGCCAACACGAGAGACUACACCUAGGCCUGAAUGGGCUAAACCGCCAGCAACACCACCAAACCCUGAUGAGGGCAGUCUGGUUGUUUUAGAAACUACAACAAGAAAACCUAAACCUGUCACAACAAAAAGACCCUCUGCACCAGCUACAACAACAAAGAAACCAAUGAAAGUCACUAAAAAACCGCCCACUACCACAACUACGACAAAACCAAUUACAGAAGGUGUACCAAUGGUACAUCCUAUAACCGAUGAACCAGAAGUUGGACAACCUAUGGAACACCCUGAUAUUGAUUGUUCUCAUAGAGAUUUCGUGCCACAUCAGGAUUGUAGAAAGUACUAUCGCUGUGUUCAUGGCAAACCUAUUGAGUUUGAAUGUAAAGAAGGUUUAGCUUUCCAUACUGUUUCGAAUGUAUGUGAUUGGAUUGAAAAUAGUGAUCGUUACUAUUGUACCCGUUUGAAGAAGAAAGAGAUGGGCAAUAAUGCUUAAGGCAUUAUUAGUCGGCAUUUAUUUUAAGUUAAUUUUUUACGAAUAAUUAUUACAAGUAUUUUAGAUAAAUAAACGAAAUUAA